AAGAGGCCAGGGACAGCCAGCCAGCCCCGGCUCCUCUUCUCUUCUCUUCUAUUUCUCUCUAUUGCACGCCAGGGAGCCCGAGCAAGGGGCUGCGUUAGUGUCCGUAGGAUGUCCCGUCAUGAAGGUGUGAGCUGUGAUGCGUGUUUAAAAGGCAACUUCAGAGGUCGACGAUACAAAUGUUUAAUUUGCUAUGACUACGAUCUGUGCGCAUCGUGCUAUGAGAGCGGCGCUACCACAACCAGACACACCACAGAGCAUCCCAUGCAGUGUAUAUUAACCCGAGUCGACUUUGAUCUGUACUACGGUGGAGAAGCCUUCUCGGUGGAGCAGCCCCAGGCCUUCACAUGUCCCUACUGUGGCAGGAUGGGCUACACAGAGAUCUCCCUGCAGGAGCACGUGGCUGCAGAGCACACAGAGACCUCCACAGAAGUGAUUUGCCCCAUAUGUGCAGCGCUGCCAGGUGGAGACCCGAAUCAUGUGACAGAUGACUUUGCUGCUCAUCUCACACUUGAACACAGAGCACCCAGAGACUUGGAUGAGUCCAGUGGCGUGCGGCAUGUGAGGAGGAUGUUUCACCCUGGGCGCGGGCUGGGGGGUCCACGAGCCCGCAGGUCUAACAUGCACUUCACCAGCAGCACCACAGGGGGGCUCUCCACCAGUCAGAGCUCCUCACAGAGCUCCAACUACAGCAGAGAGGCCAUGGACCCCAUAGCAGAGCUUUUGUCUCAGUUGUCGGGGGUGCGGCGUUCGGCGGGUGGCCAGCUCAGCUCCGGCCCCUCUGCCUCCCAGCUCCAGCAGCUCCAGAUGCAACUCCAGUUGGAACGCCAGCAGGCGCAGGCAGCACGCCAGCAGCUUGAGACGGCCCGAAACGCUACCCGGGGCGGCGGCCGUGCCAAUGCAAUCCUCAAUACAAAUUCAGCUGCCACAAACCCCAACAACAGCGCCAACCACAAUACCAACCCCAGUCCCAACCCGGGUCCACCUGAGCCCAACACACAGCAUACUGCACAUAGCUCCCAGUUUCUACUCAGCAGGCUGAGCGAACCACGGCUGUCUGAGGCAGAGCGGCAGGUGUGCGAGGCCCAGUGGGCUGACAGGAGCCUGUUUGUGACGGAGCUGCUGCUGUCCACACUGCUGCCAGACGAGGACGCCUCCGCCUCCUCCUCCGAAGACGAGGACGACUGUCACGGCUCGUUGCGGAAUUUCGCUGACUUCGAGGCCAUGGGCUGUGUUGAGGUCAUGACCUUGGACGUGGCACUGGAGAACCUCAAUCUCAAGGAGAUGACCCCGGCUACCAAGACGACGAAAACGACAACUAAAACGGCACCAACGAAGAAAGAGCCUCCUGCGCCGCCCCUUUGAUGACAUAGCCACUCCCUCCCCUCAAAACCACCAUUGUAACUGGCUGACUGCUAUGUCAGUCCAACUGCCAAUGGAUGACGAAAAAGACUGCAGUUCUUUUUGGCUUUGUUUUAUUAUUUUUUUUCUCAGUGAUUGUCAUUUCAGCUCUGUCGCUCCCCACUCAACCCCAUGUUUAUUACGUUGUGUACAUUGAAUAAAAGUAGUGAGACGAGAGAAUGUGAAAGCAAGCAAGCGUGGUGGGUGCGUGAGAGAAAGGAAAAUAACUAUAUAAAUAUAUUAUAGAAAAAUCUAUAUGAAAGUUGAUAAUCAAUUCCACAUAACCCGUGUUUCCUCUAGCAGAUGAGCAAAAAGCGUAGUUAGCUGUUUAAGAGACAAACACGUCACACACUCACCCAAGGGAGAGGCGGCAGACAGAAACCUCUCCGGUAAAAACGCUGCUGUGUAUUUAUAGUUAUUAAUUAAAGAAGUGCUUGGAUGGUUUACCACAACUUAAGCAUGAGCUUAAAUCACCAUGUGCCCAUUUUUAACUGCACAGUCACCAGAUGGGGAGGUCUUUCUCUUUUUGUUUUGACACCUGAGUAACUGUAAAUUAAAUCGGUGCUGAUUGCCACAUCGGUGGCAUUUCUGCACCACACGCACACACACACACACAAAAACACACACACAAACAGACUGAUGGCUGCGUUUGGUUACAUUCAUGUCCAAGUUCAACCUUCCCCUCCCCCUUGUGUGACACCACCUGUUUUGGGUCAUGUGACCUUGCUUUAUAUCGACUGUGGGCACUUUGGUUUUGAAUUGCAUAUCCAGUGUCCAUUUGUGUACACUACAGAUGCUCUACAUAAAGGCGAUACGCAACUCGGAGGCAGACGGAGAUGAAACAAUCUCUUUAGUGUGACCAUUUUCAGGCCUUUUAUAACAUGGAAGAAACGACACACAACCCUGGUCUCAUACGGUUGUGUUUUUUUUUGUUUUCAUCCCCCACCCUUUUAUUUUUCGGAAGACCAGACGCUACUUUCUCAAGCUUCCCGUGAUCUGAAAAUGAAUCCUCUCUCCAUUACUCAUGAAUGCAAAGAUUACUCAUCAUGUGACUUGAAGGAGAGAAUCCUGUAUGCUCUUUCCAUGAAAUUUCUCUCGGUCAAAAAAAAAAAAAAGAUCUUUGUAUGCCUCCACUGCUACCUGAAGAAAUGCAAUGUAUGUUUUUGGCUGAGCGAACAAGCCAAAUUACAGGGUAAACCUUUCAGUUUGGAGGACAAUAAAAAUGUUUUGGAUGGAAAUGAACUA